AAAAUAUUAAAUAAGAUAUGACUCUGCAUUAAUUUUAGACAUGUUAAGUCGAAAAGGAACAAAUAUAUUUAUUUUUUGAUUAUUAGUAUGUAUCAAUUCGCGCAAUAACUGUGGAAUAAAGUGUUUAUUUUCACGUAUUAUUAAUCUUUUAAAAAAUCAAGGCAGAAAAGCGAAAGUUUGGAAUAAAUUACACCUCAUAAAUUAUACCAUGUUACAUCAAAUAGAACGUUUAAGGAUUCUCAUAAAAUGUACACAUACGUUUAAAUUAAUUUUAUAUCGUUCUUCACAAAGUUUGUUUAAUAAUUCAUUUUUAUGUACUAAUGCUAAUUUCAAUGUACAUAUUGAAGAACAAUUAAAGGAAAUUUUUAAAUUAAAAAAUUCUAAUAUUAGUACAUGGAUCGUGGAGAAUAAAGUACGGAAUCUAUGCCAUACAUAUAUAGAAAGUGAAAAAAAACAGAAACAACAUAUUUUACAAGUGCUAGCUGUAAAUUAUGCGAUUAAACAUGAUAGUGUAUUAGAAAAUGCAAGAAAACUUUGUACACAUUUGAAUAAUGAAAGGCAAAUGAUUGUUCAUGAAAGAAUUUUAAAAAGUAUUCUUAUACCACCGUAUCAAUGGUUAUUUAUUAUCAUGGGACGUCUUAAACACGGCGUAAAAUUUUUAGUUGAUCUAAGAACAGACAUUUUAGAAUUGAUAUCAGAAACAAGUGACAGCAACAAGAAUUUUGUGAUGCAGCAACUAAAUCUUACACUUAAAGAUUUAUUACUAUUAUGGUUUUCAGUAGGAUUUUUACAUUUAGAACGAAUAACGUGGGAGACCUCUUGUGAUAUAUUACAAAAGGUAUAUGUUUCAGAUUAUGAAGCAAUACAUCCAAUAAGAAAUUGGGUAGACUUAAAACGAAGAGUUGGACCAUAUAGAAGAUGUUAUAUAUUUAUGCAUCCAUCUAUGCCAAGAGAACCUCUUGUUGUAUUACACACAGCAUUGUGUGAUACUAUACCAAAUAGCGUAAAAGGAAUUGAAGAAGCAGAACAGAGAAUUCUGGGAAGAGUAGGAACACAAGUAACAUAUUUAGAAGAAGAUAAAUCAAAAAUAACAGCAGCAAUAUUUUAUUCGAUAGCAUCCACUCAAAAAGGCUUGCAAGGUAUUGAAUUAGGUAAUUAUCUAAUUAAAGAGGUAGCUAAUCAAGUGGUUACAGAAUUUCCGAUGAUAAAUGAAUUAUCUAGUUUGUCUCCUAUUCCUAAUUUUAGGAUAUGGCUAUUGGAAAAGAUGAAACAAGACAUAUCUUUCAUAUUUACGUUGAAGGAGCAAGAAACUAUACAAAAAAUUCUUCAAUCAGAAGAUAUAUUUACAACGUUAAAAAAUCUUUUUAAUAAUUCGUUAUGGAUAACUGACGAGCAAUUAUCAGAAUUACUUAAAAAGCCAUUACUUCGAGCAAGUGCAUGGUACUUGUAUAAAGAAAAACGUCGUAGUUAUGCCUUAAAUAACGUUGCAAAUUUUCACUUGCGUAAUGGUGCGAUCAUGUGGAGAAUAAAUUGGAUGGCUGAUCCUUCACCACGAGGUAUUGCGAAUAGUUGUGGCAUAAUGGUAAAUUACAGAUAUUAUUUGAACGAAUGUGAAAAUAAUAGUCGAAAUUACAUUGAAAACUAUUUCAUAAAUGCUUCCGAAAAUAUAAUCAACCUUGUGACACAAACAAAAACAAAUAAGAAUGUCACUUGAUAAAGAUAUCUAAAAAAUAUCAUAACAUACUAAACAAAUCAUUUAAAUAAUGAUGUAUGAUAUUGCCAAUAGGAUCGAAAUUCUUAACAAAGAAGAUUUUAUUACUCUUCAAAUUUUAUAUUUUUAUUAAAGAUUAUUAAAUUUGUUCAUUUAUACAAUAGCUGAUUCCUUUCCAGCUUAAAGACAGCACAAAGGUCUGCAGGCAGAUCUAAAACAAAAUAAUAAAUAAUGUUUUAAUUAUUUAAAAAAAAUUCUUGUUUUAUAUUUUAUUUACAUCUAAAGAGCAAAAAUUUAUACACAUGCAUACGUUCAUACACGCAUUCAAUUUUUAUCUAUAAUCGCUAUAAGAGAAUGCAAAUUUAUUUCAUACCUGUAGUCAAGGCUGGGUUUGAUGAAAGUUUGUGGGAAGAUGAGGUCUACUUUCUAGUUUUGUAUAAUCCAGAUGGAAUUCCUUAGCUACCUUCCUCCAGUUUUGCGCAUCAAAAUAAUAGUAAGUACCACGUUCGUAUGUCGAUGUUUUUUCUACAAGUCCUAAUCCAGGUGCUUGAGUAAUCCACACUUUCUCCUCCAUGUGAUAUCUCCAUUCCCUGCUGUACCUUAAUAGUACGAAAUCAAAAUAUACUUGCAUAGUGUUUUUUCAAUAUCUUCAAAUCAUUUGAUAUGAUACUUCUGCUUUACUUACAAUUCUGCUGCAGCUGCCAGUUGGAGGACAUCCCCGACAUUUGUAUAAAACAUAUAAAAUAGUAGAUCAUCUUUGUAUCGAUUUAGUUUAACUGGUGCUAACUUAUCCCUAAAAAUGCAUUACAUAUGAUUAAAAUAAAGAGGCAAAUAAUUCAAUAUAUCUUAAAAAUAUAAUCAAAGUAUCUAAGUGUUUGUGUGUAUAUCACGCGCGUGCAUGUAUUUAUAAAAGAUAAAAAAACUGUAUUCCAAAAUCUACACUUCGAACUACAUUUCAAAUCGUACAAAAUAUAUUUAAUAUUAUAACAAUUAAAAUACUACCUGAUUGCUGCAUUAAUAAGAUAUUCUGGUGGUACAUGAAAGUCGAUAUCUUGUGGUCUACAUGGUGUUUCUGCCCAAGGACCACCAAAAUUUUGAUAUAAAUUUUCAGGAGAAUUCAAAUUCAAUCCUAAUGCUGUAAGAUCUUGUCCUAAUGCCAAAGAUACUAAAUUUGGAUCCGUUUCUGCUGCUCUGAUAAAAGUUAAGAGACCAACCAUUCCAAAUUGAUCUUUUACCAUACUCGCAGGCAUGGGACUAGGUUGGGGCAUGGAAUCACCCUGACCUCUAUUUGUCAAAGAUGGAAAUUCCGAAAGAUCUAAUAGAGGGGGUGUACUUGUAUCUCCACCUCCACCACUUCCAAACACAGAAUGGAAAUUAUUAAUCGCACCUUGAGAUCCGUAGUUGCGACUUGGAGGUAUACCAAAACUGCCCAUACUACCCAUUGGAUUUGAGGUUCUGUAAAGUAACACUUAUAUACUAUCUGCACAUUAAAAAUAUAAAUAUUUUCACUUUUAAUACACUACAAAUUUGAAAUUUGAAAUUUGAAAUUUGAAAUACAUAAGUAUUUGAAAUGAUUAGUACAGAAUAUAAUUUCUUUUUUCAAUUUGUUCUCUGAUCAAAGUAUUUAUUUGUAUUAUCAGUAGAAAAACGCUAUGAAAUAUUUUCUAUACAGACAGAAGACAUGAGAUAUUACCAAAAAAUAAAUCAGUUAUAAUAGUGAUAUAUCAAUUAAUACAUCUAUUUUAUUUUUAUAAUCUGUCAGUAAACUUACCCAAGAGCAGGCAUUGUACGUCUAUCUGUGAAAGCCCUUUGUCCAAACAGCCCUCUGCUACUCAUAGGAGAGAGCUGUUGUUGUUGGGAUUGAUGAUUGGUCUGCGUGCUUCCUGAUCCUGAUGCACUAGGAUAAACGUUGGUAACCACUACCACAGAGUUUGCUGUGCUUGAGGUACUUGCAGAUGAGCCUGAGAACAUGCCCGAUGUGGGCGUGACAUGACCCGCAAGGGUCGAUGAAUUUAAGCCCCCCCCACCACCCGCGCGCGAAGUAAGGCUUGUAUUCGCAAUACUGCGUGGAGGCUGCUCAAAAUUCAGGUUGGCCAUAGCCCAGUGGCUCCAAUAUAUAAUACCUGCCAGGGCACACCAACACACUUUUGUUUUAUGUCAAUUACCACAACCACUUUGUUUGUAUACUGUGACACACAAGUUGUGCAAUUGCAUGGGAUCCAUGAAGAUCCAUGACAAUAUCUCGUUGUAAUAACCUGUAAUAAUGAAGCAAAGACUAAACAUAUUAAUUACAAACUGUUUAUUAUAGCUUAAUAUGAGAAAUAAUGAUAAAGAUUGAAAUAUCAAAAUGUUUAUUGAUGAAUA